UUCUACGGCCACGAUCGCUUCUCCCCGUCGUUCUAUUUCUUUCCAAGCGCGUCCUCCUCCUGGCCUCUGUAGCUCACCCGUUCUCGCUCCCCUGGCGGCGGCGAUGGAGCUUGGGGAAUGGCUGGGGUUCGGUCUUCGGUUCUCUUCUCUCCAGAGUGUUCACUUCCUUUGCUAGCUAAUGAAAAGGAUACAUCCGAGCCAAGUCUUACAAUGGAAGAAGUACAUGAUGAUCCAGAGCCAAAUUCUGCAGUUAUAUCAGAGGUGAUCGGGGAGCCUGCUAUCGUAAUUAAUGGCAUACCACCUGUGUCUCUUGUUGCUACAACAUCCACUCAUCUGGACACCACAAAUGAUGCUAGAUCAAAUGAUGAUCCAUAUUUUGGCGAAUGGCUGGAAGGAAGGAAAGUUCUGAAGUUAUUUGGAGAUCGUUAUUAUUCUGGAGAGGUAGAGAAGUAUGACAGCGAAGCAAAUUGGUACAGAGUGACAUAUGAAGAUGGUGAUUUUGAAGAUCUUGAGUGGCAUGAACUGGAGGAUGUGUUGUUACCCCUUGACAUUUCCAUUCCACUAAAAGCUCUGGCUUUGCGAAGAUGCAAGUGUGACAAAUCCAUUUGCAAGUCAGGUGUAUCUAUUGCUAAAACAAGAAGAGGUCGUCCUAAAAAUGCAGGAGGCAUGAAAAAGACAUUGGAGCUCCCUGAUGCAUCCCAAACAAGUGAAUUAAAGGGUGAAAAUCCAGUAGAAGUAGAUUUUGGCAGAAAAAGGAGGCAAAGCAUAAUUCAAAUAGAAAGCACUGAAACUUCUUUGCAAAUGUGCUACUCUGACAAGUGUGUAUCUGAAGCAGGCAAAGACAUAGCUAUCUCAGAAAAAUAUCAGAAUGCAGAAAGCAUGGUGAAUUUAUCAGAGCUGUCGCAAAAGCCAACUGCAUCAGAAGGUGAGAGACAAUUAGUACAGGCUACUCCAAUUAAGGAAGUAACUACACAGGAAGCUUCAAAGACGCAAAGAAAAUUUCAGAAACAAAGUGGGAGAACUGCUAGAGCUGAAAAGCAAAAAAGAAUACAAUCCUUGGUUCAAGGUACUGCUUUGGAAUAAAAGAAGUCUCCUGAAUAAUUCUUGUGAGAAGAAAAGCUGAAAGAGAAAAUCUCACUCGUUUCAAGUUCUUCUUCUUUGGACUUAUUCUCCAUAUAUGUAUGUGAUGCAAAGAUUAAAAAAACAGCUAAAAAUAGAAAUUCUGUACAUAGAAUAUCUAAGAAAACAUGUCAUAUUUCUGCCUCUCUCUUUUCAUUUCCUGUACAAGUAUAUGUUGUCCAUCAAUAUUUCUUGGCUCCAUUCUAGAAAUUCUCCUUGUGGAAAUGGAAGCGGGUUGUGGUGGUGUGGCUGAAUUCUUGUGAAAGAUCUCUCAGUUGUUUUGUAAGUGUUGGAGAUCCACAGUAGAAAACACCUGCAGUCCACAAAUUAUGAAGUGCACAAGUAAUAUAAAUGCCCUGAUUACUUGAAUAAAUCUUACCUAUGCGAGAAGACUUAUGGGCAUUAGCUAAGUCUGAGAACACUUUCCUCCAGUUUGGCCUUGCAAAAUGGGUCCGAAUCUGCCAUGCAUGAGUUAGAAAUAAGCAAAACAUAAUCUUUUGCUUGAUGUUGCAACAAAUUUAUAGGUGAAAGAUGAUUACCCGACUGCCAGAGACGAUAUCAACACCAUUCUUGGCAUGUUGUAGCGACUGAACCAUUGCAAUCAGAGCUGACCUUGCAUCACCUUCUUCAUACACACUGGUCAAGUAGUUGUGCAUUUCUAUAACAUUCUGCAAUAACCAGACAUUUUUAACCAGUUUAUUUGCAAAGGAAGAUGGAAGUGAAGAGUGAAGGGUAAAGGAAGCAACAGAUUUUCUGUGAAGUACAUUAUGAUCGCUUUCUGCCACAUCAUUCAUGACACCUUUAAACCAUUCAAAGGAACCUUGUUCCCUUGUUACCCAAUAGAAGUAAGCUCUUCCUGGACCAUUUCCUUUGGUGUUGGGUACAUCUGCCAUGUCUAUAUUCUGUACUUCCUACAUCAAUUUCAAUGCUAUUGUUGAGGAGAUCCUUUAGUAUGCUGAUAAAUGGAGUUGCACCGAUUCCAAGCCCGAUGAGCAAAAGAAUAUCAUAUUUUUUGUAAUUUUGAGCUGGUGCACCGUAAGGCCCAUCUAUCAGGAGCUUUGGGAAUCUGCAAGAGAGUCCUAUUACUAUGCAAAGCUCGGGGUUGCUGAAAUUUUACCAAAUGUGAGUUUGUGAAAACAAUAAUUCAUUUUCUGCUCACCUUGUUUCUUCAAUUUGAGCAUCUGCUACAACUGUUGUUUCAAGUCUGACCAGUCUCCCAAGGUCCGGAUAUGAACACUCAAGUAGUCUUCUCCUGGUGCGGAAGUGAUAGAGAAGGGAUGCCUGUUAAAGACAAAUUAGAAACCGAAUACAGGAACAUUAUAAUUCAGACAUAUUAUCUCGGGAGGUGGUUAACAUAUACCAUUCGAAGGGUGAGACAUCUGGACAUUUGACAAAUAGAGAAGGCAUGGUCUUACUGUCUUCUUGUACCAUUCCCGCGUGAGGUAAAUGAAGUAGGAAUGCACAACAAGGAGGACAUACGCAAGCACCAGAAGAUGGUGGGCAUACCAAAAUGCAUUGAAUCCAGCUAAGUGGUGCAGAGGUGAUGGCAACUUUACCACAUUUCUUCUGAAAGAAUGUGUGGCUAGGGUGAAAGAAAAUGCCAUUAUGAUGACUAUGAGGACACCAGUGACCCCUGGAGCACUGGAUAAUAGAGUUAAAUAUGUUGGUUGCUGAUAAUUGAAAUUUCGUCCUAAUAAACUCAUGAAUUUUGGCUUUGGGCAUUUUAUUAGUCUUGGAAAAUCACAUGCUACAUGAGCAGUUGUA